AAUAUGCUCAAGCUCAGACAAGGUGGCUCUAAAUCAGCUGGAAGGUAUCCUGCUAAAGAUGGCAGGGUCAUUAAGGAGCGUCAAAUCAGGAUCAAAAAUCUCCUCACAGAGAAAAUGAUGAAGUCCAUUAUUUGUGACCAUAAUGGAGGAGCAAGAAAUUUAGAGUCCUUUAAGGAUUUCAAAACUAACAAAAUCAAUAUGAAACAAUUAAAAAAGCCGUUAGGACCUCAAGAAUAUUCCAAAGUUAGAAAUAUCAUAGAGAACGAAAUUGAUUCGUACUUUAACGAUGAAAAAUCUCUUGGAUAUUCUCAGAUAACAGUUAUCAAAAACAGAGCUCUGCUUAAAUAUUAUAAAGGAAACCAGAGUUGUGACGAUUUACGACAAAAUAGAUCAAAAUUGGAUAACUUAAGAAACAAUAAUAAUCCAGAUUCACCAGAAGGUCAGAAAAUGGCAACCUUACUGAAGGAUUCUAACUCUCAGCUACCUAAGAAGGAUUUCUCACACAGGGAUGUUGGCAAAAUUCCUGACAUAAAUAAGCUGAAAUCGCAAAAUGCUAAGUCUCAUCUCAGCAAGAGAACUAGAAAUAACAAAUACGGUUAUUUUAAGUCUAGCAAUACAGUUUCUGAUAGGAGCACAAUAGUUUCAAGAAAGGGAUUCAACAUGAAAGAUGAUAAUGCCUACGGGGAUAAUAAACUCAAGGCAAUCAGCUCUAUGAAUAAUAGCUAUGACUGUGGAAGGAAUACAUCAAAAUUGGCCAAUCUGAAUGCUCGUCAUACCUACUACAAUGCUGAAGAUAGCUGGGAUAGAAUAGUCGAAUACAACAUCAGGAAAGAAAAGAGCCAGAUCAGCAGAGAGAAGGAAGAAAAAAGAAAAUAAA